AUGUCUCUGUCGAGGCAGCUCGCUUUGCCGAAGGCGUGCCCCCUCCUGAAGCACAUGCCGGCCCUCCCCAAACACGCCACUGAGGACGAGCAGAUCGAGCAUAGGGCUUUCGUCGACGCGGUCCAGAUUCUGUGGAACUACCCGAAGGAGCGGGAGCGGACGGUGACGAAGCUUACAAACAAGUUGACGGGGCACCAGGAGAGCGACAUUGAGCAUCAGUUUCAGGUGGCGCCCGACACGAUCGGGGACCUGGACUACGAUUGGCUCGUCCAGUGGGCCAAGAAAACGUUCAAGCUGUCGGACACGGUUCUGGCGCGCAUGAAAGUUUACGAUUCGCAGGCGCUCCCGAACGUCUUCCGCUUGAAGCACAAUCUCGCGAAGGGUCUGAAGUGCCACCCCGCUCUGCAAAGCAAGUUGGUGUUGCAUCGCGCCGUGGCCAUUCGUUCCGAUGAGACAGCCAACAAGUACCUGUCCGACCUCACUUCCGGCGGGGCUCGUCCCACUGUGAACCCAGACACAGGUGCCGUGGCGUGGGGGAGCAUCGGCCUUUUCGGCAUGGUCUUCGACGCCAAUCAGAAGUGCACCAAGUUUGUGUACAAGCCCACGGCGUACGCGGUUGAUGUGAGUGCCGAAUACGAGAUCACUGAAGCUUGGGACAUCGUGUACAAUUGGAGCCACACCCGUGCCGUCGUGAAGAAGAACGCCGUGCAGUCGUAUCCCAUCCUCAAGUUUUUCAAACACCACAAGGGGAACUCAAAGAACCCCCACUCUGAUAUGCCUCUGGGUGGUUCCAACACGUUGUGGGACGACAUCGUCAAGCGUUCCGUCCAGCAGGUCGAUGAGCAGAAGCAGUCAGCCACCGUCGGCGCCACGGAGGGCCCGUCGCCUGAGUUCAAGAAAGAGAUCCGCGAGCAGAACAAGGCGGCGACCAAGCGCUCGAUGGACAAAUUGCAGGAAGCUGCCGCGAAGCGGGCUGCCAAGCGUGCCUGCAAGGGCCCUGAGCGGCCACUCGAUGCAGUGGCGCUGCUCAGGCGGAAGCUGGCGGAAGCAAAGUUCAACCACUGCAUGAUGAUGGCGGAUGGGUUGGACGACGCGGGGUACGAGGAAUGCCCUACGAAAGAUGUGAUACUUGUGCCACCCCGCACCGCGGAUGGGAGGUGGGAACUCAUCCACCCUGUCACACUCGAGCAGCAAUUCCUCCCGCAGCCAGUGGAACAUUGGCAACUAGAUGUUGAUGACGACGGUUGGGCUUGCCUGUCUGACGUCGGGUCCGACGAGACGAUUUUGCCAGAGGUCGUGCUUAAGCGGUGUUUGGAGGUCGACAAGCACGGGGAGCGUUUCUAUUCUGAGGUGCGGAAGGGAAAGACGGUCAGGUUCAGCUUGUAUGAUUUGCAACAAAAGUACAGGACGCUCACAGUGACCGUUGGGAUCGGGGCGAUCCGCGCUGCGGUGAGUCUGCAAACUUUCUACCUCCCGUGGCCUUUGCCUGGGAACCUCCAUUUCGCUUGGAACGCCCAUAACGUGUACACGGUGCUGCAAUUGACGAGCUACAAGAAACAACCAUCCAAAUGGGCUUUCCAGAGCAGCGGCACAUGGCGCCGCCAUUGCAGCGAAUUCGGGUUGAGCCGACAAAUUCUUCACAGCAGCCACAGUGGAGAGGGCGAGGAUCGCACCGUGGACGCUGAUUAUUUUUUGCCUGCGACGUGCUUGAGCACGUUUGGGCUUCUGCAGUGUUUGGCGAGGUGGACUCAGAAACCUCCGCAACACGGCGGUCUGCAUGCGAGGAGGGAUGCAGUGGAAGAAUUGCUCAGGGGCCUCCUCGCGGACACCGUGGAGCACCCAAAAGUUUGCAAAGCUCUCGACGUGCACUUCUCGGAUGACUUCCGCUGGACGUGGCCGGAGCCGCGUCCGCAGGCCCACGUGACGCUGUCGGUGCUCGACGGCAAGGUGGAUCUGCGCGCGUGGCGGGACCGCAGGGACCUAGAGACGUCUUCUGGCAUCAUGUCCCGGGCAGAGGGGGCCGAAUCACUGUCCAAACCAUCCGCUCGCGACGUGCCGUCCCAGGGGGCGGGGCGCCUUCAGGGAGCGGCCCGUCCGCCUGUGCCGGCCCCUCGCUUGGAGGUGGAUUGGGAUUUGGUCUUGCUCCGCCAGUGUCAGGCAUGGUGGGGCCUUCUGCGCUUGGAUGACACUUCAGAGACGAUCCUGCUUCGGGACCUUUUCUGCCUGUCGAUGAGGUACUGCACUGAGAGAACCGGUGGUCCGCUCUUCGUUCAGAUCGCAGUACAAUUGGCGCAUUGCAUUGAGAAGGACAUAUACCUGGCCGCCAACUACAAGAGCUCCGGAAGCCAGGUCAGCGCAAAGUUCGACAGUUUGUUGGACUUGAUGGACGCACCGGACUCGCUCAACUGCGCCCUCUUGCGGCACGUCCUGGGGGGCGUUACCAUGUCCGAGCAGUUCACGUCCAUCUCCAUCGUUACCGACAAGGGCAACGCUUGCGGCUUGACUCUGGAUGUGGCCAAGGCGUUCCGGACCCCAGAGGAGGUGGAGCAUUUCACGAAGUCUUCCGCAGCCCGGCGGAUGAAUCUACGUCAUUUGCAUUGGCUGCGCCGUAAUGCUUCGACGGCAAAGGACAAGGGGUGGCGCCCCAGGCCUCGCUACCGCGUGUCCACGCGGAAAUGGAUCGAGUCGAAGGACAACAUCAUCGCCGUGGGGACGCGUUGGACCGGCCUGGCUGACUUUCAGAGGGCAGUAGGUAAGGGGCCCUGGCGCCCAGAGGGGUGGAGAGACCGCCCUCACCUCAACAUGGCCCAGGACCGCGGCGGCGACGGGGCGAGCGCCGUCCAGUGCUUGGCCUACAAGUUAGGGAUUAACGUCACGGAGUGGUGGGACGAGGACCACGACGUGAACAAUGACAUAAUGAAUGCGUACAAAGCCACUGGGUUGUUCCCGCUCGUUCUCACCUGGCUCUGCAGGCAGAACCUCAUGCACGGCCCCGAGAAAGACAAGGACAUGCGUUUCAACCAAUUCACGGAAAUGUCGUCGAUGGUGUUCAAGGUCUUCACGCACGAUUCUUGCGCCAGCUUCCGGGAGCACUCCAGUGGAAUCCUGUCGGAGUUGAAGGGGGAGUUCGAGCCAUCCACCCCCGCCACAGCGGAGAAAGAGCUCUGGGCGCACUUGAGGGAGCGGGAGCAUGGCGCGACGCAGGGCCGUCGCGUUUCUUUGUGUCGUUUCGGGGCGUGGGUCAAGGCGAACGUGGGACUGUUGAAGGACCACGCGGGACGACGAAUGAGGGCCCUAGUGGACACUGCCCCAACUGCACUUGCGCAAGCCUCGGAGGGCCUAGGCAGGGUGUUCGAGGCUGGCACGUCUUGGGCUUUCCCUGACGCCUCCGCGCAAGUUUUCCCGGCCGAGGCGCUUCUGGUGCAGUCUUGCAGCCCCCCUGAGCAGGAGUGGGAGUUGAUGCUGUGGAAACUGGAGAUCUUGUGCGUGGAAAUGGAUUUUUUGGGCACCGGCAAGUUCGCCACGACGGUGCUGAAGUCCACGCACGCAGAGGCCGCUGGCGAUUUGAGCGGAGGCACGACUGCUGCCUGCCACGAUGGGAAGGUGCUCCGUUCGUGCUGCCAGAACGCAGCUGUUGUUUCCUUGGUCCUGAUGAGUGUCCGUGAUAAUCGGCGCCGCAUCGCCAUCAUGACGUCUCUGGCUGUCCCUCUCGUGGACGCCUCAGGAGGGUUCAACCGCGACUGCAGGUCUGUCGGUGGAAACCUUGCUUGGGCGCGUGGUCAAGUCGAGGGGCGCUUCAUGGACACGCUGAGGCUCGUGUUCGGCGCGUUGCUCGACGAUGACACGUUGUCCGAGUGCGGAUUCGAGAUGGGCGUGCUCCCUGGGGACUUCGACGAGCACCGGGAGUUCGUGGAAGACCAGUGGGCGAACCUAAUGGGGACGCUGUGCCUCAGGAUGGUUGGGAACAGGACGAAGCGCAGGAGUUUCAUGUUCGGGUGGCCCCACAAAUUGAUUGGUCUUGUCGGGGAGGUUGCGCCUGACCGGAAGCAGCGCAUACUCGACGCAUUCAGGAAUGAUCUCGACUCCUACGAAGCGAUGAGACGGCACGACAAGCCAGGCGAAGUGAAGUGGCACCUCUCCCGUUCCCAAUUCAAGCGGGCAAACGUUGAACAAUACGUGGAUUGCUUCACGGAGAAGCAGUGGCUCUUGGACCAAGAGUCCGGGGAUUGGCUGAGCGACCGGUUCCACGGGGUGUUCGCCACGCACUUCAGCGAGGAAUUCUUCGGGUAUGCGAAGAACGCCAAGCAAGUGAAAGGUUCGAAAGUUUUCCGCAAACCGGAGCGAAGCAUGGGGAUGGCACUGGCGAACCACUUGCCAUCGAAGAGGCACAGGUACGUGGAGGUCGAUGACGGGGUCCCUGCUUCCAGGAAAAAGGCGAGGUUGAGCGCGGAGGCAUUCGGGAAAACACCUUUGAAACCAUCCGUGGACUUGGGUGGCAUUGCAACGACACAUGCAGCAGCCCCGUAUUACUCCCCGAAGGCCGUCAAUCUCGCGACGCCAGUUGGAGAUCUGCAUCUAGUUCGUUACUGCAAAGAGUUCUGCGGUUUCUCGAAGCUCAGCAAUGCUGUCUGCAGCGCUGCGUCGGACUGCCUUCCGUUCGUCUUGAGGAGGAAGGACACGGAUCCGCCAACGAAGGGUUCGACAUGGUAUUUGGGCCUCGGUAAUUUCCCGAAUUCGGCGGCGAUUGCGUGGCAGAUCCAGCUGAAGGCCGUGCCUGGGCACGACGACUUCUGGUACGUUGACCCGACGAACGACAACGUAGAACCCGUCUUCCUGCCAAUGGUGGACUUGGAUGACUUCCUCGUGCGCCCGUUCGAGUGGCGCUCGCCGGCGUGGCAGCGCCGCCACUUGAAGAAGGCGCCUCCUGGCUGGCACAAGGGCGUCCGCAUGAUCGUGUAUGCCGCAGAGGACAUUCCGCUGAAAACACUUGCAGCGAGGGAGUGCUUCUGGAACUGGGAGUUGUCAUUCCUUGUUUGGUUGGCGAAGAUGUUUGGGAUCCCCGUGAGGGGCCAUGCCUCCAGCCUCCUUGAAGUCAUUGUGUCCCUUAUCAUGGGCAUUUUGGAGUGCUCCGAGGACGAGGCGUUGGGCAUCGCGAAGAAGCGCGUCGCGGCGCUGGUGCAGGACACCGUUGCCUUGGACGAGUUGCUGGAGAUAGAGGAGGCGGAGAAAGUGCUGACGAAUGACGACAUCGAGAAGCUUCACAAAGAGCAGAAGAAGUACGCGGCCAGGAAAGGCGUGCAGGACGACCUUGUGCGGGAGUUCACAGUCGUGCAGAUGUCUCGCCGCAAGGCGCGGGAGGAGGCCGAAGCAAAAGCUGCGAAGAAGGAGAAGAAAGAUAAGAAAGACAAGAAGGAUAAAACAGAUAAAAAAGCCCCUCCGCCGGAACCAGUCGCGCCGACAGCGCUACCGAUUGGGAUCGAUCACAAGGACGCGAACAAGUACAAGCCUCCAGGGUCGUACAUCUGGCGUUCCUUCCGCGGUCAGGCCUGGCAGGGGCGCGUGCCUCCAGCAGGGAUUGUGUCACGGAGCUGGCAGAAGUAUGGGGGCUACAAUCACGCUUUGAGGGAACUGAUCAAGGAGCUGUGGAAGGUGCACUGCGUCCUGGAGGGCUACGACCCGAGGGAGUGCCCCAUGGCAGGCGUGUUCGACCAGGAGGUCCUGGCGCCGAUGGAUGUCGCCCCCUGGUUCCUGAACAACGUGCUGAAGCACAUGAUAGGCAACCUCCGCAUGCAUGGAAUCCUCUGGUGCGGCAAGUCCAGGGUCGGCAAGAGCAACUGCUCGAAGACGCUGGCUUUCCUGCACUCCGCCUUCAACGUCCAGAGGACGGGCUCUGACGCCGAGAUCGCCUUCCUGACGGUGAAGCACAUGGACUUCUUCAAGGCCGAGCCGACUACCGAGGUCUUGCCUGGCAUCUUCGACGACGGCCUCCUUCAGAAGGUUCCCGCGGACAUCUUGAAGGCGUUCCUCAAUCCGAAGGAAGAGGAUGCCUGGCUGUGGGCUCGGUGGGGCGGCUGUGCCUUUGAACAGAGGUCGUCCAGGCAGGCCGUAGCCAACCCCUACGACAGGGAGGCAGAGCGGGCGGCGCUGGCAGCCGCGACGCUGGGCAAGUAUAGCCUGGGUUACCUCGAGAAAAUCGUCGCGCCGUCGCUCGAGGCGGUGGACGACGAGGAGGAUCUCCAUGCGAUCCUCGGCAGGGCGAACGUCGUUGUGGUCGCUGACACGGGCGUGCAUUGGCGCGUUGCUUCCGCUGAUUUGCAGGUGGGCGCCGAGUACAUGCAGUGGCCAGACCCCGCGUGCCCCGACCUCUUCAACGAAGACAAGCGCGACCACACGUCCCCCGCGAUCCGUCCUAUGCCUGCUGAUUUCGAAGAGAAGAUGCAGUGGUCCAUCGGCUACAUGCAGAACUUGGUGGACGGCCAGGACGUGCCCACGGUGGCCGCGGUGCGCGUUGCCUCCGUGUUCGGCGACCGCCCCGACCGCGUGGAGUCAGUGGUGGGCGGCGUCUCGGGCUACGUGCAGGACGCGGCCAGCGCGAGAGCCCCGCCCGCAGCCGCUGCGGCGUCUGGUUCCGAUGGAGCAGCAAGCGGGCACAUCGGGGCAGUCGAUGCCGCGGGCGCGGAGAGGGGCGGGUCGGAUGAGGAGGAUGUCUUCGGACUCGGCGGCGACGUGGACGCAGAUGAGGAGGAGGGGCCCUCGUCCCCGCGCGCCUCGCGGGCGCCAUGCUCGAUCGCGGCGCAGCCUCCGAUCGUCGGGUGUCACGGCGAGUUGUCAGCCGAGGACCGCGCCGAACAGGUCGCAAUUUUCCGCAGCCUCGCCCGGGCGCACCGCGGGGCGCUCGAGGAUUUGUCGCCCCCUCCGCCGACCAAGAAGCCGCGGCGCCUGAUGAUGGGUUGCGGCGGCCCGCUGUCGCCUGUCGACGCGGACGAGCAGGCGGCCAUCUUCGCCUCCCUCGCCGCGUCGGCGCACGGCGAGCAGAUAUCCAUCGACGACGACGCCGACCUCGACCUGGAGGGCGAGAUCGGGCGCAUGCUCGUGAGUGAGGGCGUCGUGGCGCCAGAGUCGGCGGCGGGCGGCGAGGCGUCAGGGUCGGCGGCGGGCUGCGAGGCGUCCGGGUCGGCGGCGGGCGGCCAGGCGUCGGGGUCGGCGGCGGACAACGGCCUCAUUGGGGCGGGCUUCAAGGACUGCUGCGUGAUCGACGCGCUGGACGCCCUUGGCCUCAAUGUACUAUACCUUCGAGACGGCCCUUUCAGCAUCGAUGAUGCAAGGGCCAUGGUUGCGAGCGACGGGCGCGCGAUCUCACCCGCAUUCAUCCGCGGGGCCCGCGGCGCGCCGCCUGGUCGCUACAUCGCCACCUACGGCUCAGCGCCUGGAGUGGUCGGGCACGCCGUGGCGGUCCUGAUCUUCCGAGAGGGAUUCAUAGUAUUCGACGGUGACGCCCGCGCCUGCUACGCGGGCCACGUGUCGUGGCAUUGCAUGCCAG